CUCACCAGGACGCACCCCGCAUCCCCACUCCCCAAGAACCCCUUUCUCUUCCCAACUCUCUCACACCAUUUUAACCCCUCUCUAUCAAUCCCAAAUCUCCACCCAACCUCCAUCUGUUUCUCUCUCUCACACGCAAAAGAAAAUGGCGAAGAAAACAACAAUGGCUACCCUCUUCUCCGUUCUUGCCAUAUGGUCUUUCGCCAGCGUUCACUCUGCACACCAUGCGGCACCAGCACCAGCCGUGGACUGCUCGAACCUGGUGUUGAACAUGGCGGACUGUCUCUCCUUCGUUACCAGCGGUAGUACCGUGAAUAAGCCUGAGGGAACUUGUUGUUCUGGGUUGAAGACGGUGCUGAAAACCGACGCAGAGUGUCUCUGUGAGGCUUUCAGAAACAGUGCUCAGUUGGGCGUCACUUUGAAUGUCACCAAGGCUUUCAGUCUACCCUCUGCUUGUCAUGUCUCUGCUCCUUCUGUUAGCAACUGUGGAUUGAGUGUUGUUCCUGGUGCAGCUCCUGCUCUUGCGCCGGUGACUGUGUCUCCAGGAUCCACUGCUGCUGCUCCUACUGUUGUGGGAGCUAACGAGUUUGCUCCAGCUCCGGCCCCCGCAAGCUCAGGUGGUUCUGUGGUUGCCAUUUCUGCUAUUCUUACUCUAGUUGUUGCAUCUCUCUCUUUGUUCUGAGAUCAUUUGUUAGUACGCCUUUUUAGAGAUGAGGGAAAGAGCAAAUGGGUGACCGUUGUGACGUUUGUUUUCUUAAAUUUCAUAUUUGCGGUACUGUUAUUACAUAUUACUAGGUUAUUACAUAAUACAUAUUACUAGGUCUUUUUUGAUGUGGGAGCUUGGGUAUUAGAUAUAUUUUCAUUGAACCUGUUAUGUAUCUUGAUUCUGCUAUAUUGAUUGCCAUUUCAGUUUUAUAUCAGUCUCUUUCUUG